AUGAGUGGGGGUGGAUAAUAUGAAGUCAUAGAAGAAAUUUCAAUUAAAGUUGGAAAGUGGAUUGAAUUAAGCGAUACCUUUGCAAGUGAUUCUUAAGUCGGCAAAUAUGAAAAUGGAAUAAAGGUUGGUAGAUGGGAUAUUUAUAAUAAAAAAUCUCAAAAAAAUUUGAAGAUGUAAAUAAGAAAUUUAAUAUCAAAUUUAGUGGUGGAGGAAUGUAUAUUUAGGUUGGAGGAGAAUCUAAAAAGAAUGGAAUUUGGAUAGAAUUGAAUGAAUAAUUUAGAUAUUUAUCUUAAGUCACUUUGAAAGGCUUUUAUAGUGCUGGUAAAAAAGUUGGUAAAUGGAAGAUUUUUCAACCAUAUAUUAAUGUAGAAAUUAUUUAUCAAUUAAGUAGUGGUGGUGGAUCAUAUAUAGAAUAAGGUUCAUUUAAGUUUGGAAGCUGGUGCGAAUUAAGCAUUGGUUUUUCUGAAUAAAGUUAAGUUGUUUAUGUAGGUGAUUAUUAAAAUGGCAAAAAAGUUGGAAGUUGGGAUAUUUUUUAUUAAGAAGAAUUGAUGUAAAAAUUAUUAAUAAAUCAGUGGUGGUGGAUAAUAUGAAGUCAUAGAAGAAAUUUCAAUUAAAGUUGGAAAAUGGAUUGAAUUAAGCGAUAACUUUUCAGAUUACAGUUAAGUUAUUUAUGUUGGCGAAUAUUAAAAUGGUAAAAAGAUUGGAAGAUGGGAUAUCCAGGUUCGAAUGGAAAAUGAAUUCAAUUUUUAAUAAAUGUAAAUUUUGGUUAAAAAUAAAAUAUAAAAUUUAGAGGUGGUGGUUAGUAUGAAGAAGUAGAUGAAGUUUCAAAUAAAGUUGGGAGAUGGUGCGAAUUAAGCAUUGGUUUUUCUGAAUAUAGUAAAGUUGUUUAUGUAGGUGAUUAUUAAAAUGGCAAAAAAGUUGGAAGAUGGGAUAUUUUUUAUAAAGAAGAAUUGAUGUAAAAAUUAUUAUAUUUAAAAUAAUAAUUAGAGGAGGCGGUUCAUAUGUAUAAAUAGAAUAGGGUUCAAUAAAGAAUGGAUCAUGGUCUGAAUUAGAUGAUUAUUUUGACGAUGAUUUAUAAUAUAUAAAUCAUGGUGAAUAUCGAAUGGGUAAAAAGGUAGGCACAUGGAUAUAAAUAGAUUUAGAUUAUGACAACUAUUAUAAGGAAACAAAAUAUGAUAUUUGA